CACACGCAUACACAUUCACUGUAUUUAUAAAUAUUUGAGUUUGUUGUCAUUUGACAAUUUUUCUACUUUCAAUUUAAAUUUAGUUAAUGCACGAAUUGAACAACAAUGACUACCCAAAAUAUCCGAAAUUAUCUAAGUCAAUCGGUCAGUGGAGAUGACAUUCAACUGGACAUCACAGAAUUAGAUUUAAAUACAACCGAAAUUGUCAUUUCAAAUUUAAACUUUAAGACUAAUCGAAGUACUGGCAUAAAAUUGCUUUCGUUGUCGGCGUUGUUACUCGGCGGUAGUUUAAUAUUUCAAUCGAUAAUUUUAUACGCUGCGCUGAUUGUGUUCCUUUCGAUUCGGUUUUAUUGCUUCACCUGCCUCGUCCAGUCAGAAAAACUAACAGUCACGAAAGAUUUUGGCGUACAACUAUUGACAACUUAUACCCUUGGCCGGACACGCAGUUUAUUCAUUCAGUUUGCACAUAUUCAUGAUGUCGUUAUUCAAGAAGUUAUUCAAAAUCUGAAAGUCACGUUCAUGCUGGCAUUUCUAACGAAAGGAAGCUGGUUCGAGAAAAGGCCAAUCAUUCCCAUCGUGAAUACAAUUAACCCGAGGUUGGACGUCUUGAAAAUUGUUUACAAUAUUUUAAGGAAAUACGUAGGGAGGUCGUGAUAAUAAAAUUUGUUUCUCUUUCCGUUUAUAUC